AGUGGUCCACUUUGAAAGCCUGUGACCACCUAUACCUUUGAGUGGCACCUGCCAUUUCUGAGAAAUGUGCCUGGAGGCUAAGUACUGCUUUCUUUAAAUAAUGCCUUCCUUGUUUUAAGAAACAAAAACAAAAAAUGCACAUUGAAGUGUCUUACACUUUGUUUGGGCUAAAGGAAGCUGUGCCCAUUGUUUUUAGAUGGCUGUAUGAACAAAACUGAACUAUAGAUUUAAUUACAUUAAAUGGGUGUGAACAAUUGGUACUGAGAGAGAGGGGCUUUCCUAAAAUGAGCUUGUAUAGCUCCAUGCUCUAUCCUUUCCUUAACAGUUUUUGAAAAGCUGAAAAUUUGGUUUGGUUUGGUUUUGGGUUUUCUUGCUGCUGUUUUUGUUUUUAUAGUUCCUUCAUUCUUGUUUUGUUUUUAAAAGAACAAACCCCAAGCCCUACAAAUGGCUCCUACUGAACUUUUACAUUUGAAUGAAAGAUUAUUAAACGACAACAACAACAAAAAAGGCUGGGCAUCAGUGAUGCUUGGAUUCCCAGCACUUGGAAGGUAGAGAUGGGGGACCAGGAGUUCACAGCUUGGAUUAAGUGAGACCCUUGUUUAAAAUGAUAAUAAUAGCAAAUAAAAGUAAACGGCCUUUCGUUAUACUUCCUUUUUCUUGUACUCUCUGAGCAGUCAGAUUCAGACUGGCAUUUAUCUGUCUUUUUAGGUAUACUCGAAAUCUUGUGGAUCAAGGAAAUGGGAAGUUUAAUCUGAUGAUUCUGUGCUGGGGUGAAGGACAUGGCAGCAGUAUUCACGAUCACACGGACUCCCACUGCUUUUUGAAGAUGCUGCAAGGAAACCUAAAGGAGACAUUGUUUGCCUGGCCUGACAAAAAAUCAAAUGAGAUGAUCAAGAAGUCAGAAAGGACCUUAAGGGAAAACCAGUGUGCCUACAUUAAUGAUUCCAUUGGGUUACAUCGAGUAGAGAAUGUCAGCCACACGGAGCCUGCUGUGAGCCUUCACUUGUACAGUCCACCUUUCGAUACAUGCCAUGCCUUUGAUCAAAGAACGGGACACAAAAACAAAGUCACCAUGACAUUCCACAGCAAAUUUGGAAUCAGGACUCCAUUUCCAACUUCAGGAUCGCUGGAGAACAACUAAGGCAUACCAAGUCCUGUGAAGUUUUGCUUUCAGGUUUUCUGAAUGUUUACCUUGGGCAGAGAGGCCACCCACCAUUUGCUGUCCAGUAACCCAGAUAAAUAAAGCCCAUGCUCGGUUCUACUGCCAAGAGGCGCUAAGGAAGCAAACGGUGUCCUGAGAUGUGCAAGAGAAAAUCCCACUAAAGAAAAAGUCUAGUGAAUUUUAACGGUCUAAUCACAUUGCUCUGGGUUCUUCUGUCCGCUAAUCCAUGGAAAUUCUACUGGGGAGUUUCAGUGGGGGCAUUUCAGCCUUUGGUAACUCUCUGGUCUCUGAACUGUAGUAAUCAAAAGUAAAAAUCAGAAACUACAAACUGUCAAAUGUCCGUUUUGCUCUACCUGGGAGACUAAAUAUAGAAACCUUUAAUAUACUUCAUAUGUUCGUAAUAUUUGACGAGAAUUUUUUAAAUCUGGAUUUUAUUUUUUCAAGCCUAUUUGUCAAAUUCCUAUGCCGUGGAGAGUAGGGAAGCAUGUAGCAGUUUGUUACUUGGCAGUGAACAGCAGUGGGUUUAGAAAUGUGCCUGUACCCAGACCUCCUGCAAACAAAAAACUGAAACUGUGUUUAAUGUGUUCCCCUUUGUACUGCCACCAAAAUUGCCAAACAACUUUAAUAAAACUGGAUUUGAGAAGUA